AUGAACAUGUUGGACGUAGAAGACGAAAGCUUUCACGUCACACGUGUAGGCUACUCUCAUCCGAUUGACUCAGAAUGGGAGGUAGUCGGCCGCAUGAGUGUGCUCACGGGCAAACCCGCCAUCAGUGGCAUGUUGGAGUCUCAACGCAGAGACCAGCAACGUGCUGCUAUCAACAAGUUCCUACAAGGGGAACUUGCCGUCGAAAGACAGAAGAUAGCCUUGCUACAGCAGCAAGGCUUUCAUCAGUCGAUGGGCGGACCGACGCACAUGUGUCGACUCGAAACCUUAAAGAUUGAUAACUCAAGGUACAAGGGAACCGAUGAAGAUUCCCUUUUCAGAUGGUUCGUCGAGUUAGACGACGCCAUCAGGGCCCGUCACAUCGAGGGUGACGAGAUGCAAGUCACCUUCGCCCUGUCAAAUCUGACGGGACGAACAAAGGCUUGGUCCUUAGGGCUCAAGCUUCACGACCCAAACGUGUUUGAGUCGUUGGAGAUCUUGAAGUCUCGGCUUAAAGAAACGUUUGAGCCGCCGAGAGCCGAGUUCAGAGCACGCUCUGCACUCUUGAGGCUAAACCAAGGGAAGCGUUAUGUGCACGCUUACGCACAACACCUGAUCUACCUCGCGAGUAGCGUUAAGGAAAACCCUGUUGAUGAGCACACACUCAUUAACGUGUUCAUCUACGGUCUUGUAAAUGGGCCGGUGAAGACCUACAUGUUCCGAGAGGAUUUCCAUACGCUGGAAAGGGCGAUAGCGUAUGCUGAACAAGAAGACUUAAGCCUGAGACAGUCUCAGGCUGACUCGUCCAACUAUCGUCCAACGAGGCGACAUGAAACAGGAGGUCCCGAACCAAUGGACCUCUGUUGCAUCGAGAGCGAGAAAUCUCGCUCUCUGAGUCACAAGCGAACGUCAAGAUGCCAUCGCUGUCAGAAGAUUCGACACUACGCUUAUGAGUGUAGUGUCCCGAGCACUGCAACACGUCCAAAGACAGGACGUGAUGACCACCGUUGGCCAAGGAAGGUUCCGAGGCGUGGAUCCGACCAUGUUGCUAAGCCGCGACAGCAAGUCGGACCAUCAAAAAAACGGACAAGGUCAGUAGGGGCGGAGCACGCUGCUGAUCCAGCAAAUUCAAGAGAAUAUGCAGGACUCUUGACGAAGAUUGCUCCCAACACGCAGUCUAUGUGUGGUACUGCCUUUGUGAUGAGGAGUCUCUUAUCACUUUGA